GCGACCCCCGCCCGGGCUGCGCGCGCCGCUCCCCGCAAGCCCCCGGCCCGGACUCCCGGGCUCCCGCGGGUGGGGGCCGGGCUGGCGGGCGCCGGCGGGGCUAGAGGCGGCGGCGGGUUGCGUGCCCCCCGCCUGCUGGCCCACGUGGACCUGGCCGUCGCUUGCCGUGCGGCGCCUUUGCGAAAACUCGACGGAAGUGUCAGGGACCCGGCAUUACCUGCGAAUGCCCGGCGCCUCCUGCUCCGCUGUGCGCGCGUGGGGCGGGACUCGGCGGGGGAGGGGUCGUGUAUGUUGUCCCACCUGGCGCGAUGAAGCUGGGCAGCGCAGAGGAUUUCUUUUUUGGUCUUGAGGGCAUAGAGUCCCUUUUCAUAUUCACGUGUACUCUUAAGAAAGCGUCUGUUAUCCAAACUGGCUUUCCAUUUUCCCCGUCCUAAAUGGUGCGUGGCUGACACCGUAGUGUUUUCAAAACUGGAUUUGGCCAGGAUGCUAUAGCAUUGUCAGUGAGGAGACAUCACAGCUUUCCCAGAUCGGGAAGAAAAAUAUGGAAUGUGUUUUACCGCUGACUGAACACAACCAAAUGAACUGUCCUGACAGUAGUUUGCAAACCAGCAGCUAGCAGUUUGUCCAGCCUCUAACAUUGUCCAGCACUUUCCAGAGCAAACUCACUGUUUACAGGAACUCUUGGCCUUACGAAGUUUAUAACCUCAAGCUUUGUUUAUUUAAAAUAUUCCUGCAAAAGAAAAGUACCCGGCACCCACUUUCCAAAAUGGCCAUGGAUGAGUAUUUGUGGAUGGUCAUUUUGGGUUUCAUCAUAGCUUUCAUCUUGGCCUUUUCUGUUGGUGCAAAUGAUGUUGCCAACUCCUUUGGUACGGCCGUGGGCUCUGGUGUGGUGACCUUGAGGCAGGCGUGCAUUUUAGCUUCAAUAUUUGAAACCACCGGCUCCGUAUUACUAGGAGCCAAAGUAGGAGAAACCAUUCGCAAAGGUAUCAUUGACGUGAACCUGUACAACGAGACGGUGGAGACGCUCAUGGCUGGGGAAGUUAGUGCCAUGGUUGGUUCCGCUGUGUGGCAGCUGAUCGCUUCCUUCCUGAGGCUUCCAAUCUCAGGAACGCACUGCAUUGUGGGUUCUACUAUAGGAUUCUCACUGGUCGCAAUCGGUACCAAAGGUGUGCAGUGGAUGGAGCUUGUCAAGAUUGUUGCUUCUUGGUUUAUAUCUCCACUGUUGUCUGGUUUCAUGUCUGGGCUGCUGUUUGUACUCAUCAGAAUUUUCAUCUUAAAAAAGGAAGACCCUGUUCCCAACGGUCUCCGGGCACUCCCAGUAUUCUAUGCUGCUACCAUAGCAAUCAAUGUCUUUUCCAUCAUGUACACAGGAGCACCAGUGCUCGGCCUGGUUCUCCCCAUGUGGGCCAUAGCCCUCAUUUCCUUUGGUGUCGCCCUCCUGUUCGCUUUCUUUGUGUGGCUCUUCGUAUGUCCGUGGAUGCGGAGGAAAAUAACAGACAAAUUACAAAAAGAAGGUGCUUUAUCACGAGUAUCUGAUGAAAGCCUCAGUAAAGUUCAGGAAGCAGAGUCCCCAGUAUUUAAAGAGCUACCAGGUGCCAAGGCGAAUGAUGACAGCACCAUCCCGCUCACGGGAGCAGCAGGGGAGACGUCCGGGACCUCAGAAGGCACCUCUGCGGGCAGCCACCCUCGGGCUGCAUACGGAAGGACCCUGUCCAUGACCCAUGGCUCUGUGAAAUCGCCCGUCUCCAACGGCACCUUCGGCUUCGACGGCCACACCAGGAGCGACGGUCAUGUGUACCACACCGUGCACAAAGACUCGGGGCUCUACAAAGACCUGCUGCACAAAAUCCACAUCGACAGGGGCCCCGAGGAGAAGCCGGCCCAGGAAAGCAACUACAGGCUGCUGCGCCGUAACAACAGUUACACCUGCUACACCGCAGCCAUCUGCGGGCUGCCAGUGCACGCCACCUUCCGAGCCGCGGACUCAUCGGCCCCAGAGGACAGCGAGAAGCUGGUGGGCGACACCGUGUCCUACUCCAAGAAGAGGCUGCGCUACGACAGCUACUCAAGCUACUGCAACGCGGUGGCAGAGGCGGAGAUCGAGGCGGAGGAGGGCGGCGUGGAGAUGAAGCUGGCGUCAGAGCUGGCCGAUCCUGACCAGCCACGAGAGGACCCUGCGGAGGAGGAGAAGGAGGAGAAGGACGCGCCCGAGGUGCAUCUCCUGUUCCAUUUCCUGCAGGUCCUCACCGCCUGUUUCGGGUCGUUUGCUCACGGCGGCAAUGACGUGAGUAAUGCCAUCGGUCCCCUGGUAGCCUUGUGGCUGAUUUACAAACAAGGCGGAGUAAUGCAAGAAGCAGCUACACCCGUCUGGCUGCUGUUUUAUGGAGGAGUUGGAAUCUGCACAGGCCUCUGGGUCUGGGGGAGAAGAGUGAUUCAGACCAUGGGGAAAGACCUCACUCCUAUCACGCCGUCCAGCGGCUUCACGAUCGAGCUGGCCUCAGCCUUCACGGUGGUGAUCGCCUCCAACAUUGGGCUUCCAGUCAGCACCACACACUGCAAGGUGGGCUCAGUGGUGGCCGUGGGCUGGAUCCGCUCCCGCAAGGCUGUGGACUGGCGCCUUUUUCGGAACAUCUUCGUGGCCUGGUUCGUGACGGUCCCUGUGGCUGGGCUGUUCAGCGCUGCUGUCAUGGCUCUUCUCAUGUAUGGGAUCCUUCCAUAUGUGUGAUUUGUCUUCUUCCAGCUGCAAACAGCUAAAGGGAUGGUCUGGUGUGGGCGUGUGGGAAACACGUGCCCUCGUGCCACACAUACACAUCCUGGCCUUGCACGGCUCUCAUGACCAGCUCUCCACCUCCCUUCCAGGAGGCUCCAUCCCACACUGUUCACCUGGGCUGCGGAGACUCACCUUCUCGAGCUAACUUAACUACUGUACAUAAUAAUAUGUAUUAAACUGGUAUCGUGGUGAUAUAAUGUGGUGCAGUUACUUAUAUAUUAAAUAUCUAUUGUAUCCAUAGAAUAGGCAGCGCUAUUUCAAACAUAUUCAAGUUGGAAGUGGAAAUCAUUGCCUAGAAGUCAAUAUUCAGCAAAUCUUGUACAUAACUAUUUUGAUGGCAAAUGUUAAGCCUUUUAAAAGGAAAGAGUAGAUUGGAAAAUGAUUUUUUUCCAAAUGAUGUUUUUCCCUUCUAAUAUACUAUAAGGUGAUGAGCUUCAGGACAGGCGACACGACCCUACAGAGGCCGCGUGCUGUGGGAUGCCAGCGGGAUGGGAGCUCACAAGUGCUUUCACUGAAGAUUUGUUCAUAUACUGUGUAUUGAUUUUUGUGUAAUGUAUCAUCAUUGCUUUUGUAAAUACGUAAAACUGUAAUUUUUUAAUGAUGUGCUUCCCUUAUACUUUUUUGAUCAGAGAAUUUUGGAAAGUACCAAAGAAGCAGGGGAAUCGUUGGCCAGUGUUACAUUUUCACAUUGUCUGUCUCCCACCCUCACUGAUCAUGCCUGCCCUGGAGCAGCAUGUGGCGGUGACACCGUCACCCAGCAUGCGCCACGCCGUGGCUCCCACCAGCAGUGCCACCGCUGCCGCCACACCCCAGAUCCCGCCCGCCCUGCAGUGGCCUUCCCUUGUCAUCAGAGUAGAGAAUGCACAGGUGUUGGUGAGGGCGUGCGGCUGAGCACUACAUGUCAAGUCCAGGGUCAGUUUUCAUCCCAAUUCUCCCCACAGCCCGAAGAAUGGAUCCUUGUCUCAAAUGUCAGCACAAAGGAGGCUUUUUCUGUGCUUUGACAUUCUAGCAGUUCAGGGAUGGGAGGGAGGGGAAAUCCUGGAUGCUGGAUGGAGUAUUUCUCUGAGGCCUACACAAAGCUGGACAUCCCCAGGCUCUACUCUAGCCCAUUGGAGUCUCUUCUUUUUUGACAGCGGGAGGGAGGACGUACGACUAAUGUUGGAGCCUGAAACUUUGGAAAUGCUGCUAAAAUUUUUAUAUUGACAAACAUUUUCUUGGUACUUCAUUGUGAUUUUUCAUUAAUCAACCAUAUUAAAUUUAUAAUAAAAAAUGCCCCUCGGAA